GUGGGUAAAUGCCUCGCUCUCUGGGCGAGCUCUUGCGGCUCCACUCUGCGGGCGGCAGGUGGCGCCAGAUCCCGCCUAGAAGCCGCCGCCCCAACUUGCGAGCGUUUGCGUUCCCGCAGGCUCGAGCUCCUUUCUCUUGCGCACUCGGUCCCAGCUUCUCCUUCAGUAGCAUUUGCAAGCAGCCGGGCUGAGGAGCGAAGCGCUGUCCGUUCAGCACCACCUAGGCGAGAGUGCGGGGGGAGAGCAGAGCCAGCCCUUUUGCGCAAUCCGGGCAGAACCUCCUGAGAGCGCGGUGUGCCCUGCAGUCUGGAAAGUGAGGUCUAAGGAUGGUGAAACUUGGGAGCAAUUUGAAUGACAAGAACAAGCAGCAGCCGUCCAAUGAGGAUGGCUUUCAGACGGUUCCAUUGAUAACACCCUUGGAAGUAAAUCAUUUGCAGUUUCCAGCUCCGGAAAAGGUGAUUGUGAAAACGAGAACAGAAUAUCAACCAGACCAGAAGAACAAAGGAAAACUCAGAGUGCCCAAAAUUGCUGAAUUCACAGUCAGUUUCACUGAUGGUGUAACAGAAAGAUUAAAGGUCACUAUUCUCAUCAGUUUGGCUCUUGCGUUCCUCGCCUGCAUAGUAUUUCUUGUGGUAUACAAAGCUUUUACCUACGACCACAGUUGCCCAGAUGGAUUUGUUUAUAAGCAUAAGCGGUGCAUCCCAGCCUCCCUGGAUGCUUACUAUUCCGCUCAGGAUUCCAACUCCAGGGGCAGAUUCUACACCGUCAUCAGCCACUACAGCAUGGCCAAGCAAACCAGCUCACGGUCCGUCUCUCCCUGGCUUUCUUCCGGAUCGGUAAAUCACGAAGCCAAGCCUGCCAAGACAGAAGGCCAUUAAAGCCAGCUGGUGGCCUAGGGAUGGAGGGGAACGGGGAAGAACAACAUCAUGUCUCUAAAGCAUUGCUCUAGUUCAGCAAGGGCACUGGGCAAUCAGAGCAGCAAGAAUAAAACAAGUCGAAGUGCAGGUGUCAUCUUAAUGGAUAUUUCUCUCUCUUUCUUCUCUCUCUCUCUCUUUCACUCUUUCUCUCUCUCCCCCUCCUUUGGUGCAUUGUUCUCGUUGAUUUGUAACUAAGUCAAAAUCCUGUACAAAGGCAUGUUAGGUGUUGACUAUAUCUUAACAAUGUACAAAUAUUUUUAAAACCAUUGCUUAAGAUUUGUUAGAAAAAUGAAAAAAGAAGAAAAAACACACAAACAAAAGCAAAUCCAGAGAACAUUUGCCAGGAAGUAGAAGAAAUCACAAGCAUAGUUUCUCAGGCCUUCCUUGCCCGCCCCCAAAGGGAGAACAGCAACAGCACACAAUACUGUGCAAUUUGUCUGUCAGAUUAAAAGGGAAACUCAUGUUGAUGGAGGGACACAAUAGAGUGUUACACUAGGCUGGGCAAAAGGACAUGAGCCUCUAGCCCAACUUAGUGCUUCACAGAUCUGAUCUAUAAAAUGAAAAUGGAUGGGGAAGCCCUUGAUGCAAGGUAACUCAUGCGUUCAUUGGAGUCCCCUGCGUGUGCAAUGACCUGUUGGAUCAUGCUACCAUUUCUUUGGUUUCUCUCUCAUAGGGAAAUACUGAGGAAGAGCCAUAGCUCAGUGGCAAAGCAUUUGCUCUGGAUGCAUAAAGUCCCAGGUUCAACCCCCAGCAUCUCCAGAUAGGGCUGGAAAUGUCCCCUGCCUGAAACCAUGGAAAGCCACUGCCAGUCAGUGUAGACGGUCCAGAACUAGAUGGAUCAGUUGUCUGACUCAGUAAAAAGAGACUCCUUAUGUUCAUGCCAAUUCAGAUGUCUAUAUUGACUACAAACUGAGUCUAUAACAGUCACCCCCCCACCCCCAGCAGGUAAAUGCCCCAAAAGGGCAGGCCACAGUUGAGCUAGUCUGAUGGCAACCUUUUUGCUUUCUAAAAUACAUGUCCUAUUAGAUGUCAGAAAAGCUGAAACAGGAAUAUCUGAAAUGACCUCUUUCUGCUUCAGAGGCCAUAGGAGGAUUGAUUCUCCAGUGCAGUGAGAAGUAUUUUGAGGGAGAUAAGCCCCUGAAAUUAGCUUAUUCUUUAGAUAAUUAGUAGCUUACAAGAAAGAUUCUAUGAACACAAUCCGGAGGUGAACGCCUCUCAGUCUUGCAAACAGAAAUGGUUUUUUUCUUACUCUUUCCGCUUCAGCUGUUCCUCACCUCAUUCAACCUCCAAUCUUAUUUUUCAGACAAAGUGAUUAUUUUAUAUAUAACAUGCACCCCCCCCACGUAAUCUGCAUGUUACUUGGAGCAGUUGCGGAAAGAACAGACAGACAAACCCCUUGUGCAUAUGCAUGUUUUUCGUUGCUCAUAGCUAUGUAGAUUUCUUAGGAUGAUACGUUUUGAUCCCUCUAGAUUCAUAUUUUUGCCAUGAGUAUGAAGCCCAAAGCUAAAAACUCAACUAUUACCAUGCAGAUGGCAAAGAGACAUGGGUCCACUUUGCAUAUACCAUUCCCCACUCACAAAGAAAUAGUCUCUAUGUAAGGAAAAAACCAAAGCAGAGCCUGGAUAGCUCAGUUGGUUAGAGCAUGGUGCUGAUAAUGCCAAGGUUGCAGGUUUGAUCCCCACAUGGGGCAGCUGUAGAUUCCUGCAUCGCAGGGGGUUGGAGCAGAUGACCCUCAGGAUCCCUUCCAACUCUACAAUUCUAGAAGUCUAAGUGUUUAUUUUGCCAUGAGUCCUUGGCUAGAAAUCUGGUUUAUAUUUCAGGCAGAAAGAGACCUCUUUCACAUCAUCUGCUACCUGAUCCUGUACUUGGAGAUGUCAGGGACUGAACCCAGGACCUCUUGCAUGCAGAUAAUGUGUGCUACCACUGAGCUAUGGCCCCGCCAUUUUCCUGCCUAAAAGCCAACCUUUAAUUGGUAAGACUUCAGGAAAGGGUGCUCAUUUCCCAUAAACAAGUCUCGCUAGGCUUGCGAUUGGAGGGACAGAGACAAGUAUAUUUUGACUGCAUCAACAAGAGUGGAUUCCAUGCCAAUCUCUGCCACCAGCUGGCUGCACAAAACCACCUCGUUGUGAAAACAAAGUAGUCGUGUGAAUUGACCCAUAAGCCCAAUAUGCUUUACAUGGUUUGGAGCAGGGGUGCUGGUUCCUUGGAGUGGAUAGUGGUCAUCAGGGCAGGGCAUGGCGGCAUUGCUGGCUUCCUAGUGUGGAGGUUGCUGCUGGUAACUGAGAGGGAAAGGGUUGAGGCAGCUGGAAGGUUGGCAUGGUGUGGAUGUAGCGGCAGGAACAUCAUAUCAGCUCUGCUGCUGAACCCACAACCACACUCGACUUCACUGACACCUCCCCUCUCGGUUAGCUGCAUUAAAUUAGAUGUGCUGGGAUUUGUUUGGGAGUGGUCAGCAGGAAUAACCUUUCAAGUGAACCAAAUUAAAAGGAAAACUAAGCAAAGUGAAAUUGAAUCAAACCCAAUCAAAGUGUUAUACUGACUGCAAGGGAGAGUCCUAAAAAAUGAACUCGGAAGUCUUAUUUAAGUCAAAUAUGUAUAUUUUGUUUGCAAAAAAAAAAAGUCCAUUGAGUUGGAGCUGGAGUACAAAAGGAGUUAUGAUAAAUGGUUGUAUAAUGUAGCCAAAACUGUAGUGCCAAAUCUCAUUGUCUGACUUUUUAUCCAUAUCUCUCUACCCCCUUCCUGCUUCAUACUUCACCUGUAAAUCCAUUUCUCACCUGAAAUGUACAAAUCCAUGGGGAGGGGGGGUUAAGCCCCCGACAACAAUGCCCAGAACAACUACUGGACAAUUUAUAAUUUUGUGGUGUAUUCUAUGUCAGUAGGUAGAAGAGACUGAAGUAUUUUUGGUGUAGUUCUUGACCUUUUCUGACAGGACAAAUAAAGCUAGAUGUG